AGUGUACGCGGCGAUAGCGGCGGCUGCGGCAGUUGUUGCGGUUGAUUGCGCUGGUUGUUUCCGGAGUCCGCUUCCCUGGCCGCCCUUGCCACACUGGAAGAUUGUUGUGCAGCCCGCGCCAUGUCUGUGAGCGAGAUCUUCGUGAAGCUGCAGGGCUUUUUGGCUGCCGAGCAGGACAUCCGAGAGGAAAUCCGAAAAGUUGUACAGAGUUUAGAACAAACAGCUCGAGAGAUUUUGACUCUACUGCAAGGGGUCCAUCAGGGUGCUGUAUUUCAGGACAUUCCAAAGAGGUGUUUGAAAGCUCGAGAACAUUUUGGUACAGUAAAAGCACAUCUAACAUCUUUGAAGACCAAGUUUCCUGCUGAACAGUAUUGCAGAUUUCAUGAGCACUGGAGGUUUGGGUUGCAGCACUUGGUCUUCUUCGCAGCAUUUGUUGUAUAUUUGGAAACAGAAACAGUGACUCGAGAGGCGGUUACAGAAAUUCUUGGCAUUGAGCCAGAUCGGGAGAAAGGAUUUCAUCUGGAUGUAGAAGAUUGUCUCUCAGGAGUUCUAAUUCUUGCCAGUGAACUGGAAAUCCGAAAAGUUGUACAGAGUUUAGAACAAACAGCUCGAGAGAUUUUGACUCUACUGCAAGGGGUCCAUCAGGGUGCUGGCUUUCAGGACAUUCCAAAGAGGUGUUUGAAAGCUCGAGAACAUUUUGGUACAGUAAAAACACAUCUAACAUCUUUGAAGACCAAGUUUCCUGCUGAACAGUAUUACAGAUUUCAUGAGCACUGGAGGUUUGUGUUGCAGCGCUUGGUCUUCUUGGCAGCAUUUGUUGUAUAUUUGGAAACAGAAACACUAGUGACUCGGGAAGCGGUUACAGAAAUUCUUGGCAUUGAGCCAGAUCGGGAGAAAGGAUUUCAUCUGGAUGUAGAAGAUUAUCUCUCAGGAGUUCUAAUUCUUGCCAGUGAACUGUCGAGGCUGUCUGUCAACAGCGUGACUGCUGGAGACUACUCCCGACCCCUCCACAUCUCCACCUUCAUCAAUGAGCUGGAUUCCGGUUUCCGCCUUCUCAACCUGAAAAAUGACUCCCUGAGGAAGCGCUACGAUGGAUUGAAAUACGACGUCAAGAAAGUAGAGGAGGUGGUCUAUGAUCUCUCCAUUCGGGGCUUCAAUAAGGAGACGGCAGCGGCUUGUGGUGAAAAAUAGGAGGCUCUCCUUGCUCCUGGCCUUGCUGACCUCAGCGGUUGCCAGGAAGGGGUGAGCCCAGAGUGCCUCUUACGGUAGUUAGGAUGUCCAGUUGCUAAACACUGCGCUUUAUUUUCUUAACCAGUUGUGUGGUGUGAGUAUCAGAAUUGAAACACUUUUUUGGGGGUAAAAAAUAGAGCCUUUACAUGGACAGAAUUUUCUUGUUAUUUUAGUGAAUUUGCUAUGUAAUUCAGUGUAUUUCAGUUCUGUCAAAAAGUAAAUGUUAGUUUCUUGGUAAAGUCCUUUUCUUGCCUACCAUGACUGUUGAUGUACUGAUUGAGAAGUUCUUUGUCUCGUUUGUGAUUCUUCCAGAUGUGAUGCUUGAUAUUUUCUAUAUCCAACUUAGCCAUCCACACCCAGGCAUAGCCUGGAUACAGUAUAAUAACACAGAUAAUUAAAAAGAUGGUUGCCAAGCAAGGAAAACUUAUUUUAUAUUUUCCCUUCCUUAUUUUAAGCAUUGUGAGUAAAUGAGAUGGUGAAUUUUUUUUGCCAAGGGAAUUAUAGCCCCACGUUCUCUCUCACUGCCAUCAAAAUAUAAAAGAUUAAACUGCAAAGUCAAGUUCAACAGAUUAUUUUGGAAGGUUUUUGUAUUAAGGGAUUUAGUAACAUCUUAUUAUUUGGCUCUCCACCAGGCAGGGAGUAGGGCUUAGUGUUUUAAAACACCUCUGCUUUCUGAUGUUGCCUUAAUGUUCUGCUAUUGCAGCAAUUAAAAAUUGUCUUCAUGUACAUUUGGAACUAACACGUUAUGUGAUAUAUUCCUAAACUAUAAAACCUUUUUCCCAGCAGUCAGCAAGAUCAUUUCAUCUGAGAGUAUAAAGCCACCCACGUAAGUUAAUAAGCAAAAUCCUGACCAUUAUAUUGUUAGAGAAAAAUGCUUUCUUUGGAAGAAAGAUAAAAUAGUGCAUUAUAAAUAAACCAGGUCGGGUGUGGUGGCUCACACCUGUAAUCCCAGCACAUUGGGAGGCCGAGGCAGGGGGAUAGCUUGAGUUCAGGAGUUUGAGACCAGCCUGGGCAACAGAGUGAGACCCCAUCUCUAUAUGAAAAUAUAAAACACAAAAGCACACACAAAAUAAGUCAGUGGGAUUUGGUAAUGUGUUUUAGAGUAGGAAAUUUCAGGUUGUUGGUGACUUAUCCCAACAGUCAGGUUUUAAAUGUACAGUUUGAGGCAAGUCAUGUAAAUACUGCUGGUGGUCUUUCCCCCAUGCCCCAAUUUUCAGGUAGUACUAAAAGUAUGUGCCAGGAAACUCUUGUUAUUGAAUUAAGAUGAUUAAAAUGGUGACUUAAUCCAUAGUUAUUUUGCACCCACAGAAAGGAAAGUGCUCUUCAAAAUAAUAUGAAGUAUCUAACAGUGUCACCUUUUCUUACCUGAUCAACAAUUUGGGCUUCCUGUUUGUGUGAGGGGCUAUUUGGCAUGCCUUCACAGCUUUUAUCAGGCCCCAAGUUAAAGGCUGACUACGUUUUUCCAUCGAGAGGAAAGAAGUUAAAAGGAGACAUGAGUUACUGUGCAUUGGGAUUUUAGAACAAUUUUCUUGACAGCUCUUUUUGUGAAGUUUGUAGGAAGACAAAAGUGUUAGGUUCUUAAAAGUGCCCAUGAUGGUCACUUAAAAUGUGUGGUAAUAGCACUGCCAGGAUCAAGCAUGAAAGGCUAAUUAUAUUAUCACACAUAAGGCAAUAAGUUGGAUAAUAGGGUUUUUUUUCCCCCUCUUUAAGUAUUGAUUCUGCUUGAGAAUAUUGAAGUACUUGCCAGAGGUUGUGGAUUUUAGUUUUAACAAAUGCAAUUUACAUGGAGAAGCACACUCUGGUCUUGGAAUUCCAUUUGAGGAUUUAGAAGUGUCAUGUUUAUAAUUAUUCAGUUGUGUUUGUUGCUGGCUUGUUGUAAAGCAAUAAAAAUUUUUUUGGUCUUUUUGUAA